UUUUCUUCCUUUGCCGUUAAGACUUGGAAACUGUCACUAGCCCCAGGGCUGUUUGCAACUGACACGUGUCUUCCUAUGAACACCUGUGUUGAUAUCCUAGGAAUGUAGUUCUGUUGUUGCGGUCUCUACUCUCCACAUCUCCUUAAAAAAUCGAAGUUCAAAAUUUCUAAUUUCGACUUUCGAUUGAGAAAAGCUCGUCCGUUUGGGAUUCUUUACCCUAAAUACCAUAUCAGGAGAUGAAAGUAGCAGAAAUGAGGAUGCUGAGAUGAAUCUGUGGGCAUACUAGGAAAGAGAUGAUUAGGAAUGAAGACAUUUGGGACAAGGUGGAAAUGGCCUCCGUGGUGGACAAGAUGCGGGAGCGAGGGUGAGAUGGUUCAUGCAUUUGACGAGGAGAUGCACACAUGCCCUAAUGACUAGGUGUGACAGGUUGGCCAUGGUGGAGCUGAAGCAGAGAUAGAGGUAGAUCGAAGAAGUAUUGGGGGUGAUUAGGAAGGACAUGACACAUCUUCAGCUUGCCAAAAAUAUGACCCUUGAUAAGAGGGUCGGAGAUCGAGGAUUAAGGUAGUAGCCGAGUGUCUAUCAGAAACAACAUCUCUACCUUCACAAGGUAGGGGCAAGGUUUGCGUACACUAUCUCCUCAGACCCCGCUUGCGUGAAUAUUCUGGGUAUGUUGUUGUUAUUGAAAAUGACUAUAUUGGUGCAGAACAUUUUCCUUGUAGAAAUAUUUCCACAAUUCAGAGUAUCAAACAUUGGACAUAUCUCAUACCAAGACACCCUUUGUCUAUCCGUAGCAUCACCUGAUAUCUUUUUGUCUGCGGUAACAAUAUAACAGACCAACCGUCUGUGAAUCGAGUAAUCUGCGUAGGAACUACUAUUGUUAGAUGACAAAGUUAAACUUCUACAACUUAAACCCAUGGAUUGUUAACAUGUUGAAAUAGUGCAGUUGUCAGAUAUCCUAACAAGAACUGAAUUGGGAACGAGAAAAAGAUGACGCGCAAAUUAAAGUGUCAGCUGCUUGUGCUGGCAGUCCUACUGCUAAUAGCGAUUAGCCCAAGUUUACAGACUCGACUAAGAAAUGAAAUCAAGGUGAAAACGUCCAUUUUCCGAUCACCAAAAUUUGUGUUGGAACCAGGAUCAGUCUGUAACAAAUUUUACUACAACAUAGCUUUCCCAAAAGGCCAUAUUGCUAUCAAAAGUUUUAAUGCUGAAGUAGUUGAUGAGGCACUGAAUCCUGUCCCUCUUCAUGAAACAUAUCUCCACCACUGGCUUGUUGUAAGAUAUUAUCAACGAAAAGGUGCGAAGGUAACAAAGUACCAUGGCGAUCUGAGGUUCCAAAAAUCGGAUUUUAUUAUAGCGAGUAACUCAGGGAUGUGCGAAGGGGAUCUGUAUCAAUAUUUUGGCCUCGGGUCUGAAACUCGUAGAACAGAAACAUAUGUUCCAGACCCUUAUGGGAUAGAAAUUGGUAACCUAGGAGAAGUACCUCCUGGAUAUGAGGAGAGAUGGUUGCUUAAUGUGCAUGCGAUUGAUACACGAGGUUCUGAAGAUAGGCUAGGAUGCACAGAAUGCAGGUGUGAUCUUUAUAAUGUUACAAAGGAUGAGUAUAACCGGGAUAUAGGACCAGAUUAUAUUGGAGGCUUGAGAUGUUGUUAUGAUGAAACAAGAUGCAGAGUUGAAAAAGGGUUUCAGGGUCAUAAGAGAAGCUUGUACCUGAAGUACACGAUCAAAUAUGUUGAUUGGGAUGCCUCUUUUAUUCCUGUUAAAAUUUAUAUACUUGAUGUUACUGAUACAUGGAGAAAGCCAGAAUCAACAGGACUUAUGUCAAGACAUCACUGUCAGAUUGAGUAUGAUGUUGAGUCAUGUGCUAGUGCUGUUGCUAAUGCUGGAUGCGUGCAUAAGAAAAAGAUAAGUGUGACUUUGCCGAAUGGUGGAGAUGUUAUUUAUGGAGUUGCUCAUCAGCAUUUCAGUGGGACUGGUUCAACUCUCCAUGGCGAGGAUGGACGGGUUAUUUGCUCGUCACUUCCAAUCUAUGGGGAAGGAAAGGAACCAGGAAAUGAAGCUGGUUAUAUUGUUGGGAUGUCCACUUGUUAUCCGAAGCCUGGCUCUGUCAAGAUAUCUAAUGGAGAAACUCUGACUUUAGUAUCAAAGUAUAGCAGUGCCCAAAGGCAUACAGGAGUUAUGGGCCUCUUCUAUAUUUUGGUUGCUGAACCGCCGCAUAAGCCGCGUUCUAUUCUGCAUUCUACAGACAGUACUGGUGAAAUUGUAAUAUUGCAUAAUGCUGUUCGGGCCAUAGCAGGGUUUGGAAUUGCAGCAGUCGUUGCUGCAGCUGUAACUUUUCAACGUCAAAGCGGAAGAGAGGAAGGAUAUGAAUCUUAUCCUAAUGUAAGGUUCUUUCAGUCCGAUUUCCAGUGACGGGUAUAUUAUGUCGACUCAAGUUGGUCCUUGGUCCUGAUGCAAAACUUUUAGGCAGUUUAACUGAAGGUGUUUUAGGUGUUUUUGUGUCUUAGUUUGCUAGCUACCUGUAGCAUAGCAUAUGUCUUUAUAUCUGAUAGCGAGUUUGUUUCAUAAUGUAUUGAGUUUCAACAUUUUCCAAAGCUAAUUUAGUCGUAUCUGCCUUUGAGAAAAAGCCUGAAUCAGGCGUUUGAUGGCUGUGUAUGAUAAGACACUAUCCGUGGGAAGGAUCUGAUCAAUAACUAAAUGCAGAUGGGAGAGUUUCUCGUCUGUUGAUACCCUGUAACUCACCUAUAUGCAGGGGCGGAUUUUGGGGGAACCCUUUUCGCCCACGGUACAUAUAAGGUAAAAUUCGGUUUGUACCUCUAUGUAUUAUAUUUUGAAUUCCCUUGAUAUAGUCCAAAAUCAUAGUUUAGUGGUCAAGGGAGUUCAAAAUCUUUGUUAGGUUAAUGGUUCAGUUUUCAUUGGCCACAAUCUCUUUUAAUUAUUUAACUUUUUUUUUUUUUGAAUUCCCUUAGCGAAAAUCCUGCAUCCGAUAUGGU